UAUGCCAGAUUACGAGUAUAUUAAAAAUCUAUUUAAAUUGAUGCUUUCUAUUUAAGAUCAAUCUUAAUUUAAUAAAUUGACAGGCUCAAUCACAUUAAGCUAAUCUAUUAGAAAAACAAAAUUAAAUUAAAUUAAUGAACCUAUAUUGAUGCUAUUAGAAAAUUUGCCUAAUAAUAGUUCAAUCGAUAUAUCAGAAGAUGAAAUAGACACUGAAACUUCUUUUGUUUUCAUUUCAGACUUAAUCAAUUCAUAUACUACUAACUCUAUCAAAUCAAUAACUGAUAUAAAAUUUUGA